AUGGUGGCCAUCGCCGUGGCCGACCGUAACGACCACGACCCGGUCUUCGAGCAGGGCGAGUACCGGGAGACCAUCCGGGAGAACGUGGAGGAGGGGUACCCCAUCCUGCAGCUGCGGGCCACCGACGUCGACUCCCCGCCCAACGCCAACAUCCGCUACCGCUUUGUCAACGAGCGGGCGGCCCACGCCGUCUUCGAGAUUGACCCCCGCUCCGGCCUCAUCACCACCAGCGGGCCGGUGGACAGGGAGAAGAUGGAGCGGUACUCCUUGGUGGUGGAGGCCGACGACCAGGGGAGGGAGCCGGGGCCCCGCUCUGCCACCGUCAAGGUCUACAUCACGGUCCUUGACGAGAACGACAACACCCCCCAGUUCAGCGAGAAGCGCUACAUCGUCCAGGUGAGGGAGGACGUACGGCCCCACACCGAGAUCCUGCGCGUCACCGCCACGGACCUGGACAAGGACAACAAUGCGUUGGUCCACUACAACAUCAUCAGUGGCAACAGCCGGGGCCAGUUCUCCAUCGACAGCAUCACGGGGGAGAUACAGGUGGUGUCCCCCCUGGAUUUUGAGGUGGAGCGGGAAUACGCCCUGAGGAUCCGGGCGCAGGACGCGGGACGCCCUCCCCUCUCUAACAACACCGGCAUGGCCAGCAUCCAGGUGGUGGACAUCAACGACCAUGCCCCCAUCUUUGUCAGCACCCCUUUCCAAAUCUCCGUCCUGGAGAACGCUCCCCUCGGCCACUCCGUCAUCCACAUCCAGGCCGUGGACGCGGACUACGGCGAGAACUCGCGCCUGGAGUACAAACUGACGGGGGUCUCGGCCGACACGCCCUUUGUGGUGAACAGUGCCACGGGGUGGAUCACGGUCAGCGGGCCCUUGGACCGGGAGUCGGUUGAGCACUAUUUUUUUGGGGUAGAGGCUCGGGACCACGGCUCUCCCUCUUUAUCUGCCUCCGCCAGUGUCACCAUCACUGUCAUGGAUGUCAACGACAACCGUCCCGAGUUCACCCAGAAGGAGUACUUCAUCCGCCUGAACGAGGACGCAGCCGUGGGGACCAGCGUCCUUAGCGUCACCGCGAUCGACCGGGACGUGAACAGCGCCAUCACCUACCAGAUCACAGGAGGCAACACGCGGAACCGCUUCUCCAUCAGCACGCAAGGCGGGAUGGGGCUCAUCACUCUCUCUCUGCCGCUGGACUACAAGCAGGAGAGGCGCUACGUGCUCACCGUGACGGCCUCCGACCGCACCCUGCGUGACAACUGCCACGUUCACAUCAACAUCACCGACGCCAACACGCACCGGCCGGUGUUCCAGAGCGCCCACUACUCUGUGAGCAUCAACGAGGACCGGCCCGUGGGCAGCACCGUGGUGGUGAUCAGUGCCACGGACGAUGACGUGGGGGAGAACGCCCGUAUCACGUACUACCUAGAAGACAACGUCCCUCAGUUUCGCAUCGAUCCAGACUCCGGGGCCAUCACUCUCCAGGCAGAACUGGACUAUGAGGACCAGGUCACCUACACCUUGGCUAUCACCGCCAAGGACAACGGGAUCCCCCAGAAAGCAGACACCACCUAUGUCGAAAUCAUGGUGAACGACGUGAAUGACAACGCCCCCCAGUUCGUCAGCCCUCAUUACCAGGGCAUGAUCUCCGAGGAUGCGCCUCCCUUCACCAGUGUGCUCCAGAUCUCUGCCACCGACCGGGAUGCCCACACCAACGGGCGUGUGCAGUACACCUUCCAGAACGGGGAGGAUGGGGAUGGAGACUUCACCAUAGAGCCCACCUCGGGGAUCAUUCGCACCGUCCGCAGGCUGGACCGCGAGAACGUUCCCGUCUACGAGCUGACUGCCUAUGCUGUGGACAGGGGCAUCCCUUCGCAGCGGACUCCGGUCCAUAUCCAGGUUACCAUUCAGGAUGUAAAGGAGAACAGCAUUGUGGGCUCUGUCGUGGCCCAGAUCACGGCUGUCGACCCGGACGAGGGACCCAAUGCCCAGAUCAUGUACCAGAUCGUGGAAGGCAACAUCCCUGAGAUAUUCCAGAUGGACAUCUUUUCUGGGGAGCUCACAGCCUUGAUAGACCUGGAUUACGAGACAAAACCUGAGUACGUGAUUGUCGUGCAGGCCACCUCUGCCCCUCUGGUCAGCAGAGCCACCGUCCACAUCAAACUCAUUGACCAGAACGACAACAGCCCUGUUCUCAAGAACUUCCAGAUCCUGUUCAAUAACUACGUGUCCAAUAAGUCCAACACCUUCCCCUCGGGGGUCAUAGGGAAACGGGGGAAUGAACUGCACUUGUUGAUUGUAAAUCAAUCGAGCGGGGAGCUGAGGCUGAGCCGUAAGCUGGACAACAACCGUCCCCUCGUGGCCUCCAUGCUGGUGACUGUCACAG